UUUUUGGGAAAUACAAAAAAAAUCAGUUUUAUAGAAGUAGAAGCUGAAUGGUGAAUAAUAUGUAUGUGGCAUGGAGACAAACUGUUUAAUAUUCGUAUGUGUAACAUAUCCUUAACCCCUUGAAUCUCUCCAGAACCCUAUCAGAAAAUUGUAAAAUUAACCACUCUCAUCCAACUUCCAACUGAAAUCAUUCAUCCAAUGCUGCAAAACCCAGAUUAAGAAUCACUGUCUCCUUACCCUUCCACUCUCUCAUGGCCACUCUCUGCCACUUCCCAAGGUUUCGCUUCCUUUUCUUGUUCGACCACCACACACAGCAACAACCCAGGCAAGGCUGCUACGCCUUCCAACACCCACCUCGCAAACACUUGAGACUUCGUGCUUCUUCAAUCAAGAAAUCCAGGAAGGUAAAAAGCAAUGCGGAACUCUGCAAUGAUAUUCGGGAGUUCGUUGCUGCGGUUGGACUUCCACAGGACUACGUCCCCACUAUGAAGGAAUUUACGGAGCACGGAAGGAAUGACCUCGCAAACAUUGUCAGACGGAGGGGAUAUAAAGUGAUUAGGGAGUUUCUUGCAAAUUCAAGAGGAACGGAUUUGGAUGAGGAGGAAAACAAAGAUGAAAAAAAAGAAGGUCAGGAUGUGGACGUGAACAAUGUGGUAGGAGAGUUUCCAUUGUCUACUGAAGUUCACAUCAUAAAAAGUCAUUCUGAUAGUUUGAUUACAGAUCCGUAUCUCAACUUUGAUGACAAUAGUAAUGUGCUUACAGAGUCUUCAGUUGAUUCAUCCUCACAGGAAAAGGCCUUGAACGAUAUAGAAGACCACCUUGAGAUGGUGGAAAAAAUGGACGAAGAUAUUUCCUUGGCAAGCAAUGUUUCAACAGUGAAAAAUCAUUCUAGCAAUUCAGAUAGUCCAGCUUUCGACUCUGGAGAUCAUAGUUGCAUACCCUUGGAAAUAUCAACCAACUUGUCCAUGAAAGAAGCAGAUUUAAAUGAGUUAAGUGGUAGCAACGAGAUUGCCAACAGCACGAGUGAAGAUAAACUCUUGUCAAGCACUGUUUCCAUCACUGAAAGAAACUUCUCUAGUGAUAAGGUUGAACAAGACCUAAAAUCUAUUGACAAUAAUCAGAUGCCUUUAGAAUCCACUGAUGCUUUGUCCUUGGAGGGAAAGGUAACAUACGAAUAUCGGGAUGAGGAUGCCAAUUUUGCUGAAGAAGUCGUCCCAUCAACUGAAGUUUCCCUUGUAGACUACCACUCCAGCAGUUCGAACAUUGAUCCAGUUCUCAGUUCUGAUGACCAUAGUUCUGCACCUAUAGGUUUUUCAACUGAGUUGUCUUUGGAGGAGAAGGUAGCAAACUUCAUUCAGAGAGGAGAUCUGGAUGUAGUGGAAGAUAAUGUGUAUGGCACAUCAAAUGAGAGCGGUACUGAAGAAACUAAGGAAUACAUUUUUUCAGAGGAUACAGAAGAAGUUCAAGUAAGGACACCUACUUCUGAGCACUCAGAAAAUGCAAUCAACGGAGGUAAUUCUGGUACGACAUCGAAUGGGAGAGCAUCGAUUUCUAUGCAAGCUGUGCCUCCUGCAACAGCAAAUGAUUCUCCUAGGAAUGAUAGUUUAUCAGCUGAUGGACUAGGUACUCAAGUUAACAAUGAUCUGGACUCUGAGGCUAGGAAAAGGGAGACUCAAGUUGAGAUUAGUGAGCUGAAGAACAUGCUGCAUCAGAAAGAGUUGGAGUUGUCACGGUUGAAAAAACAGAUUGAGAAGGAAAAGCUUGCAUUGUCUGUUUUGCAAAUCAAAGCUGAAAGUGCAAUCAGCAAAGCCCAAAAAAUUAUCUCAGAAAAAGAUGCAGAGUUACUUGCUGCUGAAGAAACCCUUUCAGGACUAGUGGAGGUUGAGGUUCAAUAUUGUGGAGAGGGUGAAAUGGUUGAGGUGGCUGGAAGCUUUAAUGGUUGGCAUCAUUGGGUCAAAAUGGAUCUGCAGCCGUCAUCUAGUAUCACAGAAUCCAGUGGAACCAGGAAAUCCAGGUGUUGGUCGACGAUGAUGUGGCUUUAUCCUGGGGUCUAUGAGAUAAAAUUUGUUGUUGAUGGGCACUGGAAGCUUGAUCCUCAGAAAGAAUCAGUUACCCGGGGUCACAUAUCUAACAACAUUCUUCGUGUAAACAGAUGAAUGGUUUCCACAGUAAAUAGCUAUCGGCCUAUAGUUAAGGGUACAGGAAGCAAUAAUGAAGACAUGUAAAGUCAGCUAAUUGAUGGAAACAAAUUGAGGUCGGAGAUGAUGUUGGCAAAGAAACAUGAAGCAUACAGGAUCAUGCUGAUUUCCUGAUACUAGACAACUAAGAUUAUGUAUCAACGCCUUUCAUGGUUAAAGACGGUAUUUACAGUUGCUGAGAACUUCGUAAACAAAUCAAAUGGUGGUUCUCUGUUUUGCGGAGGCUGCCCCCAUGUACAUAAUGUAGAGCACUCUUUACAGUCAGAUUUGGUAGCAGUAGAAAUUUUGUUUAGGACAAUAGAUUCUAGAUUGUUAACUGAAAAAUGUACAUCUCUGUUCAUAUGUGAGCUACUCUACUAUCAGUUAAAGCAAGAAAUUUACAAGUAA